GAUCGCCCCUGGCUUAGCAUUUACUGACACAUCCGCAUUUUAACAGGCUUCAUAAUCAAGCCCUUAAUUAGGUAUAUAUUCUGUAUAUAAUGUACACACACAUAUAUACAAUAUAUAUUUUUACACACACUAUAUCUGUAUGUGGCUCGCAUGCUAUCUACAAUAAAAAAGACAAAAAGGAAUAGCUUUACUGAAUAGCAUUAUUGGUGAGGAGGUUAAGGGGAGGUCCCUGGGAAAUUUGAAGCUAAUGAAGUCUGAGGAAUGUUAAACAUUACAACCCCUGGCUGCCAGUUCUUUGCUUAGGUCCCUAACUAGGAGAAUCUGAGCUCUCUGAACUGUAGACAAGCCAUUAAUAGGACAUAGCGGCGGGUGCAGAGGACUUGUAUGCAUUUAAGGUGCACCCACUAGAUAAUCCGUCUCUUCAGCAACUCUGCACUGGAACUGCUAUGGAAUUGCAAACACAUGCUGGAAUGCUUUUCAUAGACACAUGAAAGUGGAUGGUUAGCAGCAGGGAAAGGUCCUGUAGGCAGGCAGUUUGCUCUCUGGAUGCUGCUGAUCUGGGAAUAGUUUUGCUUUGCACACAGGGAUCAGUUCUUGCUGUUUCUUGCAUAGGAAACAGAGCACAGAAUUAGGGUGCAGCAGACUUUGCUACUAUUGGGGUGGGUUCCAAGGGGAACCAUGCUGGGCUCCAGUGCAAGGCUGAGGUGGCUGUUUUUGAUGCUGUUCUUCAGCAAGGUUUCCCCAGAGGGAUGUCCAGAGGGCACCUCCUGCACCAACAGCCCCCCUGAGAGUGAGCCUAACAAGCACUGUGUGGGAGCCAGGUGCCCGGCCAGGACAAGCAGAAACUCCCGACCCUCGCAUCACCAGAGCAGCAGCAGUGGCAGCUUCCUUCAGCCCAGCAGAGUUCAUCUGUUGCACCCUGCCCGGGAGGAGUCAUUGGGUACUGGACAAGGAUCUACAGACACCUGGGGAGUACACCAGAAUUUGAGUGGAAACAACAGCAGAGACUGCAAGGGCAUAGAGUGCAAACUGCCCCUGAGGAUCCGCCUGAAGUCACGUGGCAGGUCUCCCUGUGUUGGGGAAGGGUGCCAGGUGGUGGAGGGGCAACGAGACUCUCAGGGUAUGGUGCGUCUGUCCGACAGAGCUGCUCAUUUCAUUGGGGAGGUGCCGGACUUUCAGCAUGGAACAUCGGAACUGGGAGCAGCCCCAUUAGGGGUCCAGCUCACCUGCGAUAUCAAACCAGGAGAAAAUGAGGUGCCUUCAGAAGAUGCUCUUAUUCUACAACUGCAGCUCUCCAAGGGGCAAGAGAAGUUUGUGGAGUUGCUGAAGAGUCAGCAGAAGACCAUCACUGACCUGCAGCAAAAGCUUUCCGAGCAACAGGUCCUUCUCGUUAACCAGCAACGGCAAAUCAUAGAGCAGCAAAGGAAAAUGUAUGAACAAAUGGAUCUGAUUAAGGUCCAGUACAGCAUCUUGUUUGACACAGUCAAGCAAAUGUCUUUUCAGAGUCUGCAGGAGGACAUUCAGAACUAUUUUGAAGCACAUCUUCAAGGACUACAGAACCAGGCGAGGAACCACCUGCAGAAGACCUACUCUGUGCACAAGGUCGAUGUGGAUGCAAAAGUCAUAGAUGUCGGAGGGCCUUUGCUGGACUGCGACCAAUGUGAAAGUGAUGAAUUUUGUAAUUUCCAGAAGAUGCCGCCCCAGUGUGAGAAAUGUACGCUGUGCCCCGCUGGAUUCUUUCAGCUGUCUGAAUGCUCUGAAACUGACGAUCGCAUUUGCCAGGACAGGGAUGAAUGCAUGGAUUCUCCAAGCAUCUGUGGAGAAAAGAUAAAGUGCUUAAAUACUCCAGGUGGCUUCCGAUGUCUUGGAGUUGCAGAGAAGGAUGCAGCUUUGGGACUUUGUGGGGAACAGUACUUUUUUAAUAAGGAAUUGCAGGAAUGUCAGGCUUGCUCAGAGUGUGAAGAAGAAGUUGUAUCCUUCCCAUGUACAGCUGACAGUGAUACUGUGUGUAGCUACGCUAGCAAGAGCGAGUUAUCAGAGUCAUGGUCGGCAAAUGUAUCCUUGCCCUCAGCAAAGCUGACGAAUUCCCAGGUAUAUCCGGGCCUCAACCUGAAAAUCAAGGAGAAGCAACAAUGUGAAAUUCUCUCCCCUGAUGAUAAUACGUUAAUAUUUAAACAACAUGGAUUGCUGUGGGCUGACCUCAAUUUUGCGGUGAAGCACAACUGCAGGAAUUUCCUUCAACUGUCCCUGAAAAUGAACAAUAGUGAAGAGGGAUACGAGUUAAGCGGCUCCCGUAUAGAACAGCCAGAUGGGAAAUAUUUUCAGAGCACCAGUAUAAGUUGUGCAGCUGAGGUUGAACCCGGUCACACAUUAUCGCUUUUUCUAAAGAGCCCCAACCAGUUCUGCAAUCAAAGUAAAGACCUACAUGUCUACGAUCUUAACACCCCCUUGAGCAUCUUCUGGUUGUCUCACGACACUGGGGCUGUUGCGAUGACUGCUCAGAUGUCCACUGCCAUGCAUUAUCAGACCAACUAUAGGCCUACUUUCAAAAUAAUUUCUGUUUCAGACCCCUAUAUGAUAAGCUUGUCGCAUGACGGGAGAAGCAUCAAAUUCACAGAAUCUGGAGUUGUAAAAUUUGUUUUCCAGCAAGCCCUCUAUUCUAUGGGUCCAACAUGCGUCCGAGAAGGCUUUUCACUGAUCUCUUACAUAAAUAGAAAUGGUACGAAUUCUGAGCUAAUGCAGAUCUUCAAGUCUGGAGUCAACUACAGAGACACUUCAAUUUCUGCAUCUGGAGCUGGAAAGGUCAACAGCGGUGAUGUCAUAAGCUUUGAGAUAACAUCUCCGGCACAGUGCAAUGUGCGUUAUUUUGGAGAGAAUUCUGGCAUAAGUAUACUGAGUCUGAUUUGGAUCCCAACAGCAAUUUCUACUGCUGUGACAGCCAAAGUGUCCAGUACUGGUUUGCCUACAGGCGCCGUCAGAAAUAAACUCUUGCAUUUUCAGGAUCCCUCAAAUGACCGAAUUAUAAAGCUCAUGACCUCUGGCCAGUAUGCCCAUAAAUAUUUCAUGUUUGCUGAACGGGGAACAGUUAGUAUUUCGCUUCACUUGAAGUUAAUUCAUUCCUGCAAUAUCUUAAAAUUGACCUUGAAUAAACUGAUCAGUGACCAAGGACCAUCUGCAGCAGUUGCACAACAAAUUGGCGGGCAGAUGCCGGAGGGAAGCCUCUGGACCAGUGUGUCCUUUCGCUUUUCCUUUGAUGUUCAGAAUGGUACAAAGAUAUCAGUUUCCCUUGAUUGCAUACGUGGGAGGAUCAACCAUAUUGCUCACGAUCAAGGAACAAAUUUUUCAAUAUUUUGGGUUUCCUCUUAAAAGCGUGUAUUGGUCAACAUGAAAUUUGCAACAAUUAUGGCAUAACAUACGAAGAGAGAUUCCAGACACCACAAAUGAAUCCGGAUGGAUCCAAUUUAUAAUGCAGUGGUUCCCUGCAUUGCAUAGGGAUUGCACGAUGAAGGGGGAAGUAACUUUCCCCCUUGAUUUACGUUAAAAAAGCACAACUGAGGACCAAAGGACUUUGUUGACUUUUGUAAGAAGAAGUAAAUAAGGGCGGAUCAGGCCUGUUUUGCUGGCCAGUGUAUGGUUGCUCCCUUCAUUUUUUUCAAAGUUGCAUAAAUAUAUAUUUAUAUUUUAUAUAAAAUAUUAUUUCUUUGGUGGCAUCAAGCUAUAUAAAUUAUAUAAACCUUAUUUGCGUUGGACUUUUGGAUUUUAGAGUGUGCAUUCUGCUGAUUUAAUGGCAUAAUGCAUGUCUAAAACUCUACGGAAAUUAUUUAGUUGAAUGUUCAGUCAACCCCAACAUCCCCAUUAUAGAACCAGGUGUUCAAACAUUAGUUAUUAAAAUGGAUGAAGACUAUGGGGCUGGGAGUUGGGUUAAGCAUACCAGCCAAUUUUAUUUGUUGUCGUUUGCUUUAUUAAUGGUCAUGUACUUGGUUCAAUAAAAUCUGUAACAAAGGGAGUUUAGCCAAAUAUUUUUCAUUUUGAGUCAAUUAACUUCCAAAGGAAGUUUAUAUUUAGCUACAGUUGGAGAAUAUUUUAUCCAUCUGGGACAGAUGAGCGGAAUUCGUUCUCCCCCACCCCGAAUUAUAUGUUGAUUGAUGUUUCUGCUCCUUCUGUAGGCAACAAAGGGCACGUACAAAGCAAGGUUACAACUUGGAGAAGGUAGAAUAGGCAUCUCAUGGCCCAGUUGGGUGGAUGAACCACCCAUCCCAAUCAAUAAUGGCACUUCCCUCUCUAUUUGUUUGCUGAAACUACUAAGUAGGGAGCAGUAUGACCCACUUAACCAUCUCAGGAAACACAUUUCCUUAACUAGAGCACUCCUCUUAAUGAGCACUCUCAUUAAUCAGAUGUACACCAAGCCGCUAGGUGGUACAAGCGGAAGGAGCCAUUGCCUUCAUUGUAGAAACCCCAUGCCCUGUAGCUGGAAAUAUAGUUGCAAACAGCUGUAGAGCUGAGAUUUUGACACCCCUGAUUUAGUGUGUAUCUCAAAACAUUGUCCAUCUGAGCAAUUUAGCAAUCUGUUACAUGCCCUCUGGCAGACAGCACAUUAGGACAGCUGGUU